CUGCAAAUUAUUGCUCCCAACUGGCCACUGAACUUUGCACCCUUGGAGCUAGCUAGCUGAAUCCUGAAAAGAUCUCACCAGGAAAAACAAAAAUCAAAACACCUUUCCUUUUUCGUUCUUUCUUUCCACUUUUCCAUAUGAAUUCGAGCAAGUCCCACAGCCACCACCAAGCGGCCGCCGCCGCUACCGCAUACGGCGGGAAAACAGCCAGGGCAUGCGACAGCUGCAUUAGGAGGCGAGCCAGGUGGUACUGCGCCGCCGACGACGCCUUCCUCUGCCAGUCCUGCGACUCCUCCGUCCACUCCGCCAACCCGCUCGCCCGCCGCCACGAGCGGGUCCGCCUCAAGACCGCCUCUCUCAAGUCACUCUCUCCCCCCGACGAUGGAGGCGGAGGCGGCGGUGCAGCCGGCUCACCCAUUCAGCAGCCGGCCAGCUGGCACCGCGGCUUCACCCGCAAGCCACGAACCCCACGCGCCAACGGCGCCACCAAAACGACGUCGUUUUCGUCACCGCCCUCCGUCUCCAAGUCCAUCAAUAGUAACACGAUGCGGGCCCCACUCGUCCCCGAAGUCGGCUCCGACGACCACGACGAGGAGUCGGCGGCGGCGGAAGAAGAGCACCAGCUUCUUUAUCGGGUCCCGAUUUUCGACCCGCUCGAAUUAUGCAACUCCGACGACUCCUUCCACCACCACCACCACCAUCAAUCCACCGUUUCCGCUUCAAACGGCUCAUCACCCGGCGGCGAUAGCAGUAAUCAAGAGAGCCUAUUGCAUAUGCAGGGGCUGGUACUGCCGUCGGACAUGGAGCUGGCGGAGUUCGCCGCCGACGUGGAGAGCCUCCUCGGGAACGGGCUGGAGAACGAGUCGUUCGGGAUGGAGGAGCUGGGGAUUCUCGACUGUAGUAACAAAGGCGAUGAGGACGUCAGCAAAAUGGUGAAGAUGGAAAUUACCGGCGAGUUACUCAACGAGAAUCAUAAGCAGUACCAGGACGGUGGUGGAGGAGGAGAAUUAGUGGUGAUGGAAUGUGGAGGAGGAGGAGGAGAUGACGACUCCGAUGAGCCCCCGUUCCAGCUCAGCUUCGAGUACGGCGACGAGGAGGAGGCUGCCACGUGUCAUGAGGAUGAGAAGAUGGUGGUGAGGCAGCUUACGGUAGCCGAAGAAGAUGAAGUUGGAGACAACAUGGAGAUUGGUGGCAAGAAGAGGAACAUACUGUUGAGGCUGAAUUACGAAGCUGUGAUGGCUGCUUGGGACACCACCACUCAAGGCGCCGCAGCAUCCCCUUGGACCAACGGCACAAGGCCAGAGUUCGACGUCAAUGAAUGCUGGCCCGACUGUAUGGGAGGUUGCGGGAGGGAGUAUAUGCAUCAUCAUCAUCAACACGACUUACUAGGGUACCAAUUAGGAGAAGGGAGGAGUUUGGGUGCGGCAGCGGCGGCGGCGGCGGGGGACGGAGGGAGGGAGGCGAGGGUGUCGAGGUACAGGGAGAAGAGGAGGACGAGGUUGUUCUCGAAGAAAAUAAGGUAUGAGGUGCGGAAGCUGAACGCGGAGAAGAGACCGAGAAUGAAGGGGAGGUUUGUGAAGAGGGCCAGUUUUGCGACGGCGAGUGCUACUGCUACUGCAGUGCCUAAUUACACUUCUUUGGUACUUCACAAGAAGUGAUCAUCAAUUUGACGACCUUACAUUUUUUUUUUUUUGGUAUCUUGUUGUUCGUUCUUGUUAAUGUUUGUAGCUAGCUAGAUUAGUUAGCUACGGUUCUAAUUUCGCAUUUGGGCCGAUUGUUGCUACCUGCAACAGCGAUGUAAGUUGAAUUUUUGUACAGUAGUAUCUAGUGAUAUGAGGUGGAGUUAAAUUUGUACGGGUUUUUGACAUGGGAUUUGGUAUGCGCGAAUUCCCGGCUUCCCUCCAGUUAAUAAAAGACUUAUGAGCUU